CCGGCGACGGCAGUUGACCGUCUGUUUGUGUUCGUCUCCGUCUCAUGUCCAGGGUCCCAGUCUUCCAAGCCCAGAGCGCCGAAAGCACCUUAGCUAAAGCGAGGUUCGAGGUUCGAGGCUCGGAGGGUGCAGUAAAGUAAAUAAGCUGUUGCUAGAGCUGCCGGGCCGGAUUUACCAGGGCGGGAGAUUAUCGGGAACGGGUAAAAUACAUCUUAAGAUCUACUUGGGCAACCUUUUCAGAUUUUUGCCUAAAACGGUUAAAAUCUGCUGUCACUUCUUUUGUAUGGGACGCUAUACAUUUACUCCGGCCUCGCUGGGCUCUACUCCGACCUCGCUGGAGUUAAUCUGCACCUUACACGUCUUGGAAUUUGAGCUCUUUUAACAAAUUUCCCACCGUUACGAAUACGAAUGGCUAUUCCAGUUCAUGCAUUGUAGUUGGGAUUGUUCUGUAAUUAUAAGAGAUCUUCCUUGGGACAACAUUUUUGUAUUGUACAUUUUCAGCACAGGGAGGUAUUUGCGUGGAUUAGCGCGGGUGAUUGGGAACAGUGUGCGUGAGCGCGGGGAGCCGGCAUUCUUAUUAUUUAAAAGCUGUGUAUUGUAGACGGCAUUUUUGGACGACGACGUUUUUUCCUUAUUUUUGUCGGUUUCGAAAGCUUGGCUUGCUGAAUUCCUACGCUUGGGUAGCAAGGAUUGGUAGAAAAUGGUUGGGGAGAAGGGGGAAAAAGGACUGAUAGAAAAUGGUCGGGGUUCAUCGUUGGAGAGUGUAAAUAAUGGUGUUGAAAGCAAGGUGGGAUUUCAAAGUGCUGAGGCUCUGGUGGAAGACGGCAUCAACCAUGCUUGCCAACAGCUUACUAUGAAGUUGAGUGAUAUUCACAUGGCUUCAAGAAAGGAUGCAGAAGCAGGUGCGCGAAGGGCGGAUGUUGCAGUGUGGCUAAAGUGUAUGUUUGAGAGUGAGCCAUUGCAUUUGGCCGAUGAGCCUUCCGAAGAAGAUUUGAGAGCCUGCUUGAGUAAUGGAACGCUUCUUUGCAACCUCAUCAACAAGCUUAAUCCUGGAUCUAUACCCAAGAUUAUAUCAAAUCCAAGCCUGGCUGGUACUGAAGGUGCUGCACAUUCAGCAUACCAACGGUUUGAGAAUCUUAGGAAUUUCUUGGUGGCAAUAGAUGAAUUAAGGCUUCCAACUUUUGAAGCAUCUGAUCUCGAGCAGGGAAGUAUGGUGAAUGUCAUUGACUGUCUUCUAUCUCUAAAAGAAUAUUUUGACUGGAAACAUGGGACGGAGGUCCAGUCUCUAUUGAAACAAGCGACUGACAUAGGCAUCCUUAAUGAAAUCAAGUCUACAGGAAAAAGUCCUUCUCCUGGAAAAUUCCUCAGCAGCACUCUUAAAAAUGGAAGUCAACCACGGAAAAGAUGGAUACUUCCAGAUCUGGAUAACUGUCUGGCUUCAGAUACCCAGCCUGCUGAUGAAUCUCCAGGUUCAAAUGGUCAAAAAUCAGGCAGGUGGCCUCUAAAGCCUGGCGACUUCAGGGGUAAUGUGGGUUUAGAGCAAAGAUAUGAUUUUGAAAGUCUUUUAACAAGUUCUAUUAUGUCAGAUUCUACAACGGCAUGGAUACAACACAUUGGACAGAAGUUUCGUGAGCUUCUUCAAGUUAAAGCAAUGCGUUAUCCAGACAUUCAAGCAGUAGAGUGUUCUGGAAUGUUGAAAUGUCUUGAUAAUGCACCAUCUCAAUCAUUUUUAAGCCUUGUGAGUGCUAUUCUUGGUGACAAACAUAAUGAAGAAGUUCCAUCUCUAGUAGAAUUUAUGUUGAGGAAAGUAAUGGAAGAGUUUGAACGCCGUCUUCUAGCUCAAGGGGAACACACAAAGAAACUGAAACUUGCACUAAGAGAAGUUAUUGCUCGAGAAGAUAAAAUAAUGUCUAGGGCAAAUGGACUUGAGGCUCUUGCAGCUGGCACUGCAGAGGAAAUCAAGCUUCUUACAGAUCAACUGCAUAAGAUAAAGAUGGAGAAUACUCAAGUGGAAGAUGAGAGGAAAGCAAAGGAGCAAGAUAUAAUACGACUUAUAAAAGAGAGGGAGGAAAGUAACGCUGCUAUUCAGGCCUUGAAAGAGGAAUUAGAAAUGAUGAAGAAGACCUAUCAGGAAUACAUGCAGCAAUUGGAAUCGCAAAAAUGUGAUGUUGAAUUAGAUUUGCAGAAAAAAUUGAAGGAAACAGAAGAUCUUUUGGUUCUAUCAAAAAGGAAGACUGAAGAGCUAGAAGAAACCACUGCUAUGGAAUUACAAAGUGUGAGACUUAGGGAUGCUUUUUACCAAAAGUUCUCAAGUAGCCAUUUUCAAGCACUUCAGGAGACGAGAAUGGUUUUUCAACAGACCAAAGAAGAAGUUAUUAAAGUGCAAGAGAGCUGGAAAACAGAAAUUGCAAUGUUGGAAGAACAACUAAAGGGAAUAGCAAAUGUUGCGACAAAGUAUCACAAAGUUCUUGCAGAGAAUCGGCAGCUGUACAAUGAAGUUCAAGAUCUGAAAGGAAAUAUUCGUGUGUAUUGUAGAGUGAGACCCUUUAUUUCUGGCGAGUCUGGGAGACACACUACAAUUGAAUACAUUGGUGAAAAUGGAGAGUUGAUAAUUGCUAAUCCCAACAAGCAAGGCAAGGACUCUCCAAGGAUGUUUAACUUCAACAAGGUCUUUGGUUCUUCUGCAUCUCAAGAGGAAGUGUUUCUAGACACGCGACCAUUGAUCAGAUCUGUUCUAGAUGGAUACAAUGUAUGCAUUUUUGCCUAUGGUCAAACUGGUUCUGGAAAGACUUUCACAAUGACUGGUCCGAAUUCAUCGUCUGAGGAAGACUGGGGAGUUAAUUACAGAGCAAUAAAUGAUCUUUUUCAAAUUUCACAAAAAAGAAGAGAGCUGUUUAGAUAUGAAGUUGGUGUACAAAUGAUUGAAAUAUAUAAUGAGCAAGUUCGUGAUCUACUUAUAAAUGAUGGAUCACAAAAAAGACUUGGGAUCCGAAGCAUAUCUCAGCAAAGUGGACUCAGUGUUCCUGAUGCUAGCAUGUUUCAAGUUGAAUCAACAGCAGAUGUUGUAGAUUUGAUGAAAAUUGGUCAGAGGAACAGGGCAGUAGGUGCCACUGCACUUAAUGAGCGCAGCAGCCGCUCUCAUAGUGUCCUGACUGUACAUGUGCAAGGAACAGACUUAUCUUCUGGAGCAGCUCUCCGAGGGUGUCUUCAUUUAGUAGAUCUGGCUGGCAGUGAGAGGGUAGACAAAUCAGAGGUCACUGGUGAUAGACUUAAAGAAGCACAGCAUAUCAAUAAGUCUCUCUCAGCUCUUGGAGAUGUUAUAUAUGCUUUAGCUAAUAAAAGUGUUCAUGUACCAUAUCGUAAUAGCAAACUUACUCAGAUUCUUCAGGAUUCCUUGGGUGGGCAAGCAAAGACACUUAUGUUUGUUCAACUUAAUCCGGACAUUGAAUCUUAUUCAGAGACAAUUAGCACAUUGAAAUUUGCAGAAAGAGUGUCUGGUGUGGAAUUGGGUGCUGCACGUAGCAAUAGGGAGAGCAAAGAUGUUCGAGACCUGAAGGAACAGGUUGCAAUGUUGAAGGAUGUCAUUACAAAGAAAGAUGCUGAGAUUGUCCGUUUGCAAAUUAAUUUUCAGGAUGUUUAUGUUCCCAAGGAAAAACUUAGAGUGAAGGUUACAAACUUCACAGCACAAUCAAAUAAAGUGGCAACAGGUCGACAAGGUCAUAAGAAUCAGAGCCUGACAAUUGGCAGACGGAGAAGCAGUGAGGAUCAUCAAACAUUGUCUGGUCAAGCAUCCAAGUAUUCCUUGAGGCAAUCAACUCAGUCCUCUCAAGAUUGUGAAUCUACUUCAACAGGGGAUUCUGAUGAUAUAUGUGGUAAGUACGGUACACCAGUUGCAACACAACACGCUAUGGCAUCAAAGAGGUCCGUGGAUUCUAAGAUGGAGCUUACGUCCUCUCAAGUUACUUGUUUGGAAACUAAGCUUCAGAAAGAUUCAUUCAUGGAGGACGAUGUUUCAAAAGAAUGUCAAGAUGGGGUUCGUAGCAGUUCCAAUUCUUCACUUCUUGGAACACUAUCUCUGGAUGAGACAACCAGUCAAUGCAGUGCAAAAAUGGGAAAAAUGAACGAGGAAGGUAUUUCUUUGGUUGAUAAGCAUUCUGAUGUUGGAUCACAUGGGAAAUCAAUGAUGAAAAGGGUUUCAGAUGAUGAAAAUGUUUCAGAAUACAGUGAUAAGCAUUCUGAUGUUGGAUCACAUGAGACAUCAAUGAAUAUGUCAAAGUUAUUGCAAUAUAAGGAUCACAGAAUGCCUUUCAAACAGGACGCGGGAAAUGUGAGAUCUUUUUACUCUUCUCUUGAAUCGACAGAGAAUUCUGCUCCAGAUGUUGAGCUUUUUGACCUGAAAGAUGGAGACCUUGAUGAGAGAUUGAGCGAAAUCUCUGAUGGAAAUCUUUCGAUGGGAACUGAAACAGAUGGCUCUAUUUCAAGCAUUGUUGAACUUACUCUUUUCCCAGAGAAAAAGGAAUCUGGGAAGCUUAUUCCGGAAAAUGACAAAAGAUUGAUGACGCCUUCACAUAUUCCUAGACCACCAGGAAAGUCCCAACGUAAAACAUUACUUCAGCCUCAUACCAGCGCAGGGAAGUCUUCCACUGUUGCACGAGGAACAGAUCGUUCUUCAGCAAGGCGACCAAAUGGACAAUCAACAAUUGACACUUCUUGGAGGAAAGGAUCUCAAAGACCAGUAUCCAUUGAUUCCCCGCAAGCAUCAAUAUGUCGGCCAUCAAUAUCUCACCGUCAGGCUGUCAGUAGCCAACUCUCAGGCUGUUCUUCGUCCUCAAAGCGAUGGCAGUGACAUUGUAAAUUUCUGUUCAAUGGGUACAUAAUACAGCAAACGUGUCAUAAAUUAAAUUACUUUUGGCAAAUACCAUUCAUGUGAAUGACCGUCAAUCAUAAUUAUUCAUGAUUAUUUGGUCAUGUAAGUUUGUAACAAUGCAAGCCCUUUGUACAUAGAAGUAUCCAAGAUAUUGCCCACUGUGUCAAGAAAUAGAGGCAAAUAGGAUUCUUUGGGUAAAGCAAUGUAUGCAAUGUUUAGUUGCUCCAGAUUAUCAAAUAUUAAACCUUUCUUUUGUUGUAAAAGUAAUUUUUUAUAAUUUUUCUCCAGCUCCCCGCUUCCCGACUAUGGAUCACAGAGUAUGAUCUGAAAUGCAGGAGCCAAAGAAUUCCCCGAGUUAAAUCCAGGAAACAAUAUUGAACGAUGCUAUGAGAUUUCAAUACUUUUUUAACACGUACUUGUGUGCAUGGAUGCAAGUGUCUAUGAAGAAAGUAAUCAAAAGUGACCUGGUUAUAGGCACUGCUUAAAGUUGCAGAAAUAUAGCCCAAUUCAAACAAGGUGCAAACAUGUGGGCUUUCUGCCUUGACAGGCUACAAAAUUCCUGGAAAUCUGGUUAUGAUAUGGCACUUAUGAUAUGGCACUCCAAUAUUUUUUU